AUGGACAGAUACUCACUUUGUCCUAAUGAGACAACCUUCCCAGACCAUGACGGCCGUGGUUUAGACGAGUUCAUCUACUAUAUAACGACUUCAAUUGACGGUGUUCUUCACCCACUUGCAGCGGUUAUUCAUACCGCAUUCGCAAUGCCGUUGGCUCACUCUGGCCAACAAAUCCUUCAUUCGUGUGCGGGGAUUAUAACUCUCCUUACCGACCCAGCAAACCGCUUUGCCAUCGAAUCCGAACGAUCAAUGGCUGUCGAUUAUUACCGAGGUGGCUGUAGUGAAUCCGAUUGGGAUGUCCCCGAUAAUUUCUUGACGGGUAACGAAUUCGCCUAUCACGAGUUUCCCAUUAUUCAAACUUGUGCUCUAUUAGGAGCCAGCUUAGUCUCACUGGGACCUAAAGGAAAAGGUGAUGGUUAUAAGUUUGGGACAGCAAACCUAGCUGAUGUCCAUAAAUACCUCCAUCCGCAAUAUUAUGGGAUGGUUAUCAUCGAUAUUACAGACCUGGAUGACCUACGCUAUGGCAUCAUGCAAUUCAGACAUGAUUACAACAGACUCAUGACUAUCUCCAUGAGCGAAGGCACGACAAGGGCUAUUUCUGCCGCCCAGUAUCGGGCUUUGUUUCUUCAGCACCAACAGGUAUCCGAGAAGGAUGAUAUGGACACUGUCAAAAAGCUGGGUAGAUUCAAAUUAAUUGGGGAGGAAACUAUCGUGUUUUCUCGGCCACAGCACGCUGGCGUUGACCCCCACGAUAGUUACUCACCCACCCACCCUCUCGUUGAUCAAUGUAUCGACGUCUUGAUCAAUAGCACAUCAGAGAUAGAAUCAUUCGACAUGACUAUCUUUGAAUUGCCACUUCUUACCAACAGCUUCAAGGCUACGCUUCAAAGACUGCUCCUACAAAAAUUCGAACAUCUUCCCCAGACUUGCUCCGUAGGGCAGCUACUGGCUCUUGCAUACGAAGGAAAUACGCAACUCAACCUAGUGCAUUUCAGAGGACUCUCCGCAAAGGUGCUGGCAUCCGCCCUAGAGACGGACCUGCUUAAUGACGUGGCCGAACUAUGCUUCCGCAUAGAUGACAUACAUGGCACACCGGACGAGGUGAUAGAUGCCAUAUCUGAUAGACCUUCCUUGCGUCAUGUAUGCUUCCUUUUGGGGCCUUUGCGAUGGCGCGGCGCUUGGAGCGUGGAAUUAUGGAGAGCAAUACACAGGAGACCGCAGUUGCUCAAGAAUGCAAAAGUUACCUUCGCUGGCGCUUAUUGUAAAGCUCUCAGCCGCCAUCUGUGGCUGGAACGUUUGUGGGACGGCAUAGACCACCCUUCUUGCGACACUUUCCCUGCUCUGAACAUGCUUGUUUCCAAUGUCAACACAGUUGCUGGCAUUACGGAUACAACAAGGCAUUCCUUCUAUCUCGGUCAUGGAUUACUCAGUGCCGAAGCCUUCGCCUCCAGAUUCCUACGAUGGCUACCAAAUGUAUCGUGCCACGACGGUUACCCCUUUUCUGUUGGCCCGCAAACCCUGGGAAGCACUUCAAAUUCGGAGGUACUCCCUAUCAUAGCCUGGACCGAACCUAUGGCUCUCCCGGAAGGAAGCUGGGUUGUUCUUGUCAAAAAGAUUGCGGUACUGGAGGCUUACGGUCAGUUGGAGGUAAUCAAGUAUGCCUUCAUGAAGCUAGGUUCACGCAUAGACCCCAUUGAGUUCCUCCAAGAGCCUGGCAUUCACAGCAUCAAUCUCGAAGACCUCUCCGAAGUUUUCGGGCUCAAGGAAUUCCUCCAGGAUACGGCACCGGACGUGGAUCAGACCUUAGUGAAUCGCCUACUACUAGAUGCCGAGAAGCAAAUCUUCGAGAAGAGCACCGAGGUUGAAUAUGCUCCAGGCCCAGAGUUCAAGUGUCUGAGUGUGCUGGGAAUCCAGGAGGCAGGCGCAAUGCUUAACUGGUUCCUAAAGCAAGGCUCAGAAAAGAUUCCCAAUCAUCGCCUUUGGGUUGGAAAAGGGGAGAUCGAGUACUUGUGAAGUCUCGACGAUAGGAUGGACAAGGGUCAAUUGACAUGGAUUAUGGGUUUGUUUUUGCGUGCUUGGUUUAAGGGAACGGAAUAAGGGUGAUACCCCAAAAAGUACUGUACU